AUGGCUCGGCCUAUGUGGAUCUUGCAAUUAGCCAGGCUGAAGAUACCGUUGUGCCUGGCCAUUGCCCUUUUCUCCAUCAGGGCGGAAGGCAGCGUCAAAUUCGUAGCCGGUGAGAGCCGGUUCAACCGGAAGUACUUUGAAAACUUUACGUUCACUAUUCGCAAUGAUAAAAUCUUUCUGGACAUGUACCUGCGAAAGCCUCUGGUUAGGGGCUGGAGAGCCAGACUGGACUUCAGGACUCGCGUGGGCAACUCGAAAAGUUUCCAGAGUCUCUUUUCCACCAGCAUCGACGUGUGCAACAUCGUGAACGCCGCCAAGAUCAACCUGUUCAAGAAGUGGUACAAGAAUCUUCUCAAGUACGGGAACUUCCUCCGCCAGUGUCCUCUGAAUGCGAGCCACUACUACCUGAGGGACUGGCAGUUCGGGGAGGGCUUGGUGCCUCCGUUCAUAACCAGUGGAUCGUACCGAUUGGAGACGUAUAACUUUUUUGGAAAGUACAAGGGCAAAGACGAGGACUUCAUAAUGAGUUGUACGGCCGAUGCUAUCAUAUAUAUCUGA